GGUAAUCGGGGUAAACAGUAAAGAUGGCGACGUCUGUAGCCGUAGAAGGGUCUUCAAGUAUAAAUGGGAUUAUUUCUGAGAUCAAGAAACUGACAGACCUACCGGCUGAGUUGCUUGAAUAUAUUUUGUGCUUCUCUGUCCUCAAACAUGUCGACAUUUGCAACGUGUCCUGCAGCUGCAAGCGGCUACACGACGUUUGCCAUGGAAGGGGGAAGGUUUGGGAACACCAGUACAAACUCAGGUGGCCAAGGUUGCAGAAGUACUACCGCCAUAACGAGUGCUGUGACUGGCUGAAGGAAUACAGAACAAGACAUACUGUCGGCUUGCAAAUUAGAAGGACUGUUGUAUCCAUUUCCAAGCGGUUCUUCACCGAAGUCCCUUGCAUUGGUCAGGUGCUGGGGGAUAGCUUCGCUGAGAUCGAGUCCCUCGGCGCACCAGAGCACUUCUGCGUUGACGAGCUGCUCUCCAUUCUGAACACAGACAGGAGUAAAAGCCUGACGUUGAAGUAUUAUGCCAAGAAGAUCCUGUACUUCUUGAGACAGCAGACUAUCCUGCGAAGUCUGAAGACCUUCCUGGAGCUGCCGCCUGAACAGCAGUCAGCGCUGGAGGGUGCCGUGUUAGUGGACCAGUACUGCAACCCUCUGGCUGAUGUGUCUCUGGAGAGCAUCUCAUCCCAGCUGGAUGAGAUCACAGACAAGGUCCAGAAGAUGCUGAAGAUCAAGAACCCUUCCCACCCCAGCCUCAGGGCCGGCCCAGGAAGCUGCUUCUCUGUGAAGGACCUGGAGCUCCAGAGACAGGCCGUGUUGGCUCUCAACUCCGUCCUGUUUGAGCAGCUACAGUACAAGGGCAACGAGUUUGACUACUACAACCCCCUCAACUCCUACAUCCACCAGGUGAUACUGCGGCGUACAGGGAUUCCCAUCAGUCUCUCUGUGGUGUACCUGACAUUGGCCAAGAGGCUGGGCGUGCACCUGGAACCGGUCAACUUCCCCAACCACUUCCUGCUCCGCUGGUGCCAGAAACAAGCAGGGAGCGGAGACAUCUAUGACUUUGUGUACAUCGACGCCUUUGGGAGGGGCAAGCAGCUGACGGCCAAGGAGUGCGAGUACCUCAUCGGUCACCAGGUGACGGCGGACUACUACAGCGCCAUCAGCACAACGGAGGUCCUGCUGCGCAUGGUGGGAAACCUGCUGAACAUCGGCAAGAGAGGUGAGGGGAAUGAGAAGUCGUACCAACUCCUGAGGGACUCUCUGGACCUGUACCUCAGCAUCAACCCAGACAACGUCCAGUAUCUCCUACUGCAGGCUCGCCUCUACUUCCAUCUGGGAAUCUGGCCAGAGAAGGUGCUGGACAUCCUGCAGCACAUCCAGGCGUUGGACCCGUCCCAGCACGGUGCGGUGGGCUACCUGGUGCAGCACACCCUGGAGCACAUCCAGCACAAGAAGCACCCGGCGGAGCCGGAGGUGAAGCAGCGCGGCGCCCCGGAGCACCUGGACGUCCAGUUCUCCGUAGGCCUCAUCAUGAAGCACAAGAGAUCGGGCUACAAUUGUGUCAUCUAUGGCUGGGACCCCAAGUGCACCAUGAGCCAGGAGUGGAUCACCACCAUGAGGGUUAACCAGCUGCCCAGCGGACCCAACCAGCCCUUCUACAACGUUCUGGUGCAGGACGGGACCUGUCGCUACGCCGCCCAGGAGAACCUGGAGCCCCACUCGGCCCCUCUGGAAAUAGGGCACCCGGAGGUGGGCCGCUACUUCUCCCAGUUCUGCGAGUCCCACUACGUAGCCAACGAGGACCUGCAGACGCGCUACCCAGACGACACGGUGGAGACCCUGGGCACCGUGGCCCAGCUCUACCACAGACCCAGUCCCGGGCACCACAGUGCUGCCACAGAACCAAACAGCCACCUGGCCAUGCCCGUGUAGCCUGGUCCCUCCACACACACACACACACGUCCCAUUCAGUCCCAUGACAUCAGUGUCUUGUCCCCUUAACCAUCCGGAAUGCUACAAUACAUGGAUGACCACCUUACCCUCGCCUGCCAAAGCCAGUAAAAGCCAUGACCCCCCCCUCUAAUCCUACUCCAGACUACCCUGGGGAGUAGAACUGUUUCUUCACUGAAAAAAAGAAAAAAACACAUCAUGGAAUACAAACUUACCGAAUAAUUUCUGUCAGUACGUUCUAAUCACAAAUUCAUGCACUUAUGAAAGUCUUAACUUUCGCAUUUUUAGUGUUAACUUUUUUUGUGUAUAUUUAAUAGUAAAAUGUGGUAGAGGAUCUAAGGGCUCAUGGAUGGGUCAUGAGCUGUUAAAACGAAAACACACACUAUGACUUGAAACAGGAAUGAAUCAUGAAUUUUUGAAGAAAAGAAAAUAUUAAAAUGUUUCAAGAUG